AGAAAUUAUAAUUAAGGUUUCCGAUUGUAAAUAAAACAAUUAACUAAUGUAGUACCUAUAUGCAGUUAAAUUUAUUUUUUUAUGAAUACUUUACUCACUGAUCAUCAAUAACUAUGAAAAGAUGAAUAGCAAAAGAACAGUUUGUCGUGUGUGUUUAAAAUCAGAACAAAACAAAUACAUAUCAUUGUAUGAAAAAUACAAACAUUACUUGUUAUUUGAAUACAUAAACGCUAUAACUUCCAUUGAAAUCAAACACCGAGAUGGUCUUCCCGAUAAAAUAUGUGAAUCUUGUUUUGAACAACUACAAACUGCAAUAAGUUUUAAAGAAAAAUGUGAAUCGUCUAAUAUUGAAUUACAAAACUAUAAUUUAAAAGACGAGAUACUUAAUAACAGCGGUAACAACAUAAUAAUAAAGAAAGAGGAAUGCAAAGAAAAUGAAGUCAAAUUGGAAAAGGUUAAUAGUGAGGAAUAUUUUAAUUAUGACGAUUUAAGUGAAGACAGUGCCGACAAGCCGCUCACAAUUAUUUUAGAGACUUACAAUGUACCCAAAAUUAAAUCUGUAGAUCAGAACUUCGAAUGCGACGACUGUGGAGACAUAUUUAGAUCCAAAUGCAAGUUAAGAGUUCACUGGAGAAAGGUACAUAUGCCUGAGAGCCUAAUUUGCGAAAAUUGUAAAAGAACAUUCAAAAGUUAUAAAGCCCUUCGUGUGCAUAAGAAAAAAAAAACUAAAAGCUGCGUAGUUGCUACUGAUAGCAAUGUAUCUAUAGAGGGCAUAGGUAAAACAAGAGUAUUUGUUUGUAAAGAAUGCAAUUACAAGACAUCGAGAAUCAAAGAUAUGUCAUCACAUCUAGUCACACAUAGUGGCGAGAGACCGUUUCAGUGCAAUCUUUGUCCGAAUACAUAUACCCAAUACAGUUCUCUUCAAGGGCACAAGGAAGGUGCACACCAGAAUUAUUUAGUUGAAAUAACCUGUCAUUUUUGUGGUAAGUAUGUAAGGGGACGCAGAAAUGUAUACAGACAUCUCAAAAGUCACACGGAACAAAAGGUUUCAUGUACGAUAUGUAAGAAAGUUAUGAAUAAAAUGAGUUAUCACACUCAUAUGAAAAGACAUAGCGGAAUUAAGUCAUAUACAUGUGAGAAGUGUGCAUCUACAUUUUACACCAGUGCCGAGUUGUGCAAUCAUAAACGGUGGGUCCAUAACAAGAAAGAAAAUUUCUUCAAAUGUGACUUAUGCGACUAUAAAUGUGCAAAGGCAUAUAAUGUCAAACAACAUCAAAGUAAACAUACAGACAAAAACUUUCCUUGUACAUUUUGUGGUCGAUUUUAUCUCAGUGCUGAUAAACUUGCGUCUCAUGAAAGAUCACAUUACGAUGAAAAGAAGUACUCAUGUCCGCAGUGUCAUCUGAAGUUCUAUAAUCGAGAUUCAGUCAGAAAGCAUAUGAAGUUGAAGCAUUCAUUGACUAUUAUCACAGAACAAAAGCCUGCAACUGUUGAAGUUAAGAAAGAGAAUGAGAUCGUUCCACAGACUCAAAAUGAUGAUCUAAUCAUUGAGAUUGAUGCGAAACCUUUUGAUUAAUAUCACUAGCAAUAAAAAUAUUAUUAUUCAAUUCUAGUCAUGAACUUGGAGAAAUAUUAAAUUUAAAAUUCAAGUGUGUAUUUUAUUAAUGUUUAUAAAAAAGACAGAAAGAAGAUAUUACUAGAAAUGUUUCCAAUUAUGGUUUGCAGUAUUAGAUACUAUAACAUAAGAAAUUUUAUU